AUGUUUAGUAGCAAGAAGCAAUUAAUAAAACGUACUGGCAAAAAUCCUGUCGGUCGUUAUGAUUUCUUAAAACUUUUAGCUACAGAAUUUCAAACUACAAAAUCCAAAGAAGCGAGGGAACAAGUUUUAGCAAAUCUUGCUAAUUUUGCUUAUGAUCCUAUCAAUUAUGGAUACAUAAGACAGCUACAAAUAAUUGAUUUAUUUCUUCACACUUUGUCAGAGAACAAUUUAAAAUUAGUACGUUUUGCGACAGCAGCUAUAUGUAAUCUAUGUGCUGAUCCGAUAAAUAAAUUAUAUAUUUUACGCAACCAAGGCAUCCACCUAUUAACAUUACUAUUUUCUUCACAAGAUGAGGAUAUAAUAUUAUCAGCAAUUACUAGUUUAAUAUUUUUGCUUACUCCUGAAUCUAAGAAUGAAAUAACAGCUGAAUUAAUUGAAAAAAUAUCUGAUUUAUCAAAUUGUAAAAAUAAUCGUAUUAAAAACUUGAUAACGAUAUUUCUAAAUGACUGCACUGAUGUAAAGAAUAAGAUUGAAAAUUCUAUAUAACACAUAAAAAAUAUUUUCGUACAAUAUAUAUUAUAUAAAUAAUAUAUUUGAUAAAAAUAUAUAUUGAUGAAAUAGUUAAAGAAUAAUACACCAUAACUUCAGAAGUAA